CUGAGUCAACUUCACCGACGCCGACUGACGGAACCCGCUUCACUCUGACUGCAGUCUCUCAGUUGUCAACGACCCCUGUCCAGAAUCUGUUACCAUGGCCACUCUCUGUGGAGGAACCUCUCCGUCCAAGGAUGCCGACGAAGAAAUCCAGAAGAUCUGUGACAGCGUUAAGCAUCACGCAGAGGCGAAAUCGGGGAAAAACUUUGAAAUCUUCAAAGCAGUAUCGUACACGAGUCAAGUUGUGGCUGGGACCAACUACUUCGUCAAGGUUCAUACGGGAGGUGACGAACACAUUCACCUCCGUAUUCACGUGAAGCUUGGAGGAGAAAUUGAGCUGGCUGCUAUUCAGCACCCCAAGAGCGCCCAGGACCCCAUUGCGUAUUUCUAAUGGUAGCACAGAGCAUGCAAAGCGCCCCGUCAGUGCCUCCAAGUUCCAAUAGCAUUAGAAAGUAUUAAUCUAGAACCAGUUUAGUCUUAGUUCACACAAUAUAUCUUUGUUCCUACUAAUAAAUGAUCUGCAAAUAUUAGAGCAUGUAUAUUGAUUGAUGUAUUGGCCAUAAAAUAACAUCGAGCUGAUUUUGACAAAUGAUCCAUGGGGGAGAAAAUCUCUCCACACCCAUUGCUUGGAUGUAGCAUCAGAUUUAUAAUUCAAGUUGAUGUUUCAUACAAAAUGAGUUAGUGCAUUAAAGCUACAGCAAAAUGUGCAAACACUUAAUAA